GGCGAUAGUUGGCAGCCCUGCCGGAUCGAGAAUCUCGAUCAACGAGAGAGAAGGAAGUAUCCAUCUACACAUCCAUCCAUCCACCGUACGGAGCCCCGUUGCACGUCGGGAAACUGAACAUGCACGUACGUCGUACAAGCGACGUAGAGUGUUGAAUGUGUCGAUUGCGUUCGGGGUUGGCUUGCACUUUUCGCGGUUGUAUGUGCGCGCAGCAACGUCGCGUGGUCGGCGAUCGAGGUGUCGCAAAGACUCCUAGUGUAUAGUGAAUGGGUGAUAAAAGGCGAGGUGAAAAGAGAAACUUGUUCUUUUCCUGGGACGCUCGCCAAUUCUGGAGGUGCACCGACUCUAUUGCGGCGUCGUUCUAACAAACAGCCGGGAGUACCGCAAAGUUCACAACUGUGCAUCUGUGUGCGGAGCAUCCAAUCACGGAAUUCGCGGGCUAAGAUGCCCGACGUGGCUCUUGUGGACAACGUCGGCAUCGAGUCCAGGAACAACGAAGCGGUGCGCGACGAGGAGACCGACGCUCGCUCCUGGUUUCCCGCGAAUAUACCACCGAUUCCAUUUUUACGUAUACCCGUGCAUAUGGGCGAACAAUUUCUUGUAUUUUGAAAAGUCGGACAGUGUUCGUGCAAAUUAACUGGCUGUUUUAAAAAAAAUAUAUAUAUACGUAUAUACAUAUAUAUAUAUAUAUAUAUAUAUAUUUGUGCUCAAUGUGUAGCACGGAUAGUUGCUAUUCUGUCUUAAGAUAACAACAUAAAAACAACGACUAUUUACUAACGCACUAUUUUUCUCAUACGGUUUUAAGGACACAUGUUACGCAUAAUGUGAUUAGAAAAAAUAUUUUGUGAAGAAUGUUUACGGUGCAAUUCAUAAAUCUAGGAGAACGUAUAUUAAUUAAAACUUGGUGAAUAUCUUCAAAGGGUUUGACAGAAAUUACAUUAAGUAUUCGUGCUUACGCCAGUUAAUGAAAAUAUGCAUGCAGCUACUAAAAAAGUGUUUUAAUAUCGGUACAUGUAUUUUAAGCUCGACGAACUAUAAAAUGAAAGAAUAAUAAUUACAAUGUGCGCAGAAAUUUAGAAAAAUCAUUUCUUUAAUACAGUUUCGUAUAAUAAUCGUAUUAAUUUUUCAAUGAAAUAAAAACACAUAGCGUCGCAGCGUAUGUUAAGACUAUAUUUUGAUGUAUAGAGUAUUUGUUUCGUAAUAUUAUAAAUAGAAGCAGUUAACAUUAAAGGUGCUCGUUAAAAGACAAAUGUGAAACGAAAGAUCUGUUUUGUUUUUCGAUGCUAAUAUUGUGAAAAGAUAGAACCAAAUAUCUUUUUAAGAUGUGCGAACAAACAGAGAUCAGUUACUUGGAUGGAGAUGUUGUAUGGGUAAAGCUUGGAGCUUGUUGGUGGCCAGGACAAGUUACUGGAUUUCAUAACUUACCUGAAGAUAUUCAAGAAGAAUUUAAAAAGAAACCUUUGAUAGCUGCUGUAAAAUUCUUUCAAGAGGAUACAUACGAAUUUGUCAAGAAUUAUCAUCAGAUUUAUAAGUACAAUUGCACUCAAAAAGAUGAUUUCAUCAGGAAAGGACUAGAUAAAUACAGAAACAAAAGUAGAGAUGGCUCUAGGUACAUGGAUAAAUUUCCUGGAGAUGUUGAAAUGGCUGAAAAGUUAACUGGAGGUGAUCCAGAUAUAUUAAGUCACGAUAAAUUUUCUCCGGAAGAGAAACCGAACAUAUCGGCUCUGUUCGGGGAUAAAAAAGUUACUAAAAAGAAACGAAAUCGCGAGGAUCUUCUUAGAAGAAGCGACAGUAUCGAAGUCGUACGAAAAAUAACACACCCACGGUUUUUAAAAGAAAGCGAUCAUGAAGUUCGAAUUCGUCAUCAGCCUAGUAGCUUACCGUCUACGCCAAAUAGUUCUGGUUCUCCACAAUAUCCCUGUCAUUUGUGCAAUUUCACUUCUUCCCGCGUUAACGUUAUCAUUUGUCAUAUAAAAAGUCAUACGUCUGGCGGCUCGCCAAUGUCAAAAUCAAAAGUAAAAACUUAUUCUCAAUAUAGAGGCAGACACUCGGAUGUAGAUACCCCUAAAAGAAAAUACGUCAAAAAAGAAAAAGUUCAGUUAAACAGAAGUAAAACUCGUAGCGAAUCUAACAAAAGAAAACAAUCUAAACAAAAUGAGAAAGUUGCUAAAAAGAAGAAAACGGAUCCUAAAAUUCGUGAUACUAUAUUGGCGGACUGGGAGGAUGAAUCAGAUGAAGAAAUUAGUCUAAUUCAGAGUGAUAAUAGUUUAUCGACAAAAAGUCAAUUUGAUCUUGAGAAAUCAGAAGAAUCUAAUCAAAAGGACAAUACAAUAUCAGAUACCACUGAAAUUAUCGCAGAAACCGAAAAAUUACUUAAAGAAACUGAAAAAUUAACAUCAAUUGAUUUAAUGGAGGACUCUAUGAGUGAUAGCAUUAAUACACCAAAAAGUUUGCAAUCAAAUCUUCCUGAUAAAAAAUCACUAGAAGAGAAAGACGUGAAAACGGAUGAUGUUGAUGUUAACGAAUCUACUAACAAAUCACAAAAAGAGAAGGCAAUUUUCAGUGCUGAUAAUGAAAGUAAAAUCAAAGCAUCAAACAAUGAUGAUAAAAAGUCGUUAUUAUCUUGUUUUGAUUUUCACGAAGAGGAGCCAUCUAUACCCCCUGUAAGGAAAAAAGCACGUGCGUUUCAUCAGAAGAAAGAAAUUAUAAAAGAAUUUGAAAUGAGUCAAGCUUUGAAAACGGAACAAGAAAAAGAUGCAGGAAGUAAUAAAACGGACGAUAUUCAUGUUAAACCACAAGAGUUUGUAAAGUUAGACACACAAGUAUCUUUGAGCGAUGAAGACAAACAAACGAACAAUGAAGUUGAACAAACAAAAGAAAAAAAUAAAUUUGCAAAAAUAUCAUCGGAUGUACAAAAAUCUGGUUCUGGUGAUGGUGAUGGUGAUGGUGAUGCAAAAUCCGAAAUUGUUGAAAUAUUCGAGGUGGUUGAGAAGGUUGAGGGUGAACAUAAAAACGCUGUAAAUGUUCCAAAAACUUCUGAUAUACAAGAUACCCGAGCAGCAAAUAUUGAUAAAGAAUUAACAGUAAAUAAAAAAUUGGAUACGCAAAGUGUGUCUACUGAUAAUAAACAAGUAGAACCUAACGAUACAGUUACCGAUGAUAGUACAGAACCUAUCAAACAGAAGCCUUCAAAAGAAACUGAAGAUAUUUUAUCCGAACAGUGUACAACAGAAACAGAGGAUGAAACUGUUUCCGAGUCUGCUGACACGCUUCCUGAACAGAGUGAAAAUUCAGAUAUAGAUAUGCUAGAUCAAGAUCAAGCUCCUAAUUCUGACUCCACGAGUAUUUUAUUAAAUAACGAUGAAUUAAAGAUUACUCCACAAGUUCGAAAGCGCAGAGGUAGGCCAAGAAAAUCAGAAAAAGUUCGUACUAGUACUAGUGGAAAUACUAGCGGAAACGAAAGUCCAAGAAUAAAGGAUAAUAAGUACACUAAAAAAGUGUUUGAAACAUUUGAGGCAGACAGGAGGACUUCUGAAUCUGACAGUGAACGUUCGAGCAGCGGCAGAAAACGUAAACCGAAUAAAAAAUAUUUAGAGACUAGUAUAUACCUACAAGAUGUGGAUCAAAAAAUACAUAAAACUGAUGAAAGUCAAUCUGAAAGUGAAGAAACGAGUUCCGAAAAAAUAAAAAAUAAAUCGAGGAGGAAUAAAAAGUUAUCAGGAAUUGACAAAAAAAUAAAUGAGGAUAGUGAGCUUGAACAACAAAAAGAGUUGGAAAUUUCUUGUAAUGUAUUGGAUGCAUCAGAGAAUAAUGUUAAUGUUUCUAGUAUAAAAUUAAAGGAUGAUUCAACUGAAAAUAAUUCGUGCAAAAAUCAAAUGAUAAUAGAGGUAGAUAAAGAAUUAAGCGACAAUCCACCUACCAUCGAGAGUUCUGAAAAAUUGCAAGUAUCUUCAAAGAAAAGCAAUUCUCCGAAAGAAUCUAAAACGUGUAUAGUUUCUAGGGAUACGGGAACGUCAAUAACAGAAAAUAUUUCUCAAAGUGAAAUUGUAACACCUGAAUUUGACGAAACAAAAGAUGAUGAAAUGGAAACUGAUCAUACAUUACCUUUGAGCAGUAUUCAUCAAGUAGAAUUAGAAGAUGUAAAAGUGGAAUCAUCAAAUACACUUCGGUUGGAACUUUCACCAGAGAAGGAAGUAUCUCCUCAACAAUCAGAUACCCUAAAACCUGUCGAUAUGCUACCGCCUAAAAAAUCUCAAAUAAAAAAAUUCGAGCUAUCGCAAAUUGAUUUUUUUGACACUGAUGUUUCCACCAAUAAAAGUACCGUAGAGUCUGAAUUAGAUAGUGGGCAAGAAAAAGUGAAAGACUCAAAUAUUGAAACAAUUAAAACUAACACAGACUCGGAAACAGUUACUUCUUUGAAACAAGAAGAAGAUCUUCCUUCAGAAAUACUUGAACAGAAUGUAGUAAAUGAAGAAAUUGUGAAUGAUACGCCAAAAGAAGAGAAUGAAGAAGAAGUUAUGAAAGAGACUGUAGAAAUAAAUCAGGAAAUUCAUAAUGUAGAAGCGGAAACAUCCGAUAACCAAGAACAAGAACUUAAAUUGGAAAAUUCAGAACAAGUAUCCAAAGAAGCACCAAGUGUAGUAAAUGAACCACAAAUUCCAAAAAAAUCAUCUAUGGAAACACGGUACAAAGGAAAAUUUACACCAGAAACGGGUGCUAAAGUAAAGAAAGAUAAAGAAUCAUUUUCAGAAGAAAAGACGACAAAUACGUUCCAAGAAGCUUUUUUGAAAACUCUACACAUGGAUAAGAAAAAAGGUAUUGUAGACGAUCAAGAAAUUAUUGGGAAAGGAAAGAAAAUUAAAAAACCAGUAAAAAAGAAACUUGAAAACGAAAAGGAUAUAAAUAUUUUACCAGUGACAACCCAAGAUGUAAAAACUGACGAUGAUUUAAGUAAAAAGUUAGAAACCAUUCAUAACAGUCAAGCUCAGGAAAAUAAUUCUCAAGUUACAGUCGUGAGCAAUUUUGAAGGUAUAGAAGUCAUAGUUGAUCAGAAUCUUGAAAUUGACACAAAAGUGGAUGAUAGUAUAUUACAAAACGUUGAUCAGCUCGCAUCGUCAUCGACUGAAUUUGGCAUUAUGUCCAAGUCACUAACGCAAUACCCUACCGCCGAGGACAGCUCUAAAUCUAUUAGCUUAGACAUACAAAAGGUAGACGAAUCUUCAAGAAUAUCUACGUCCACACCGUCGCCAUCAUCUGAUGUUACAGUACCAGUGAAAAAACGUGAAAUGCCACGAAUAAUUGAAAAUGUUACGUUAACCGAACCUAUGCAGAUUUUGAAAUCAAAGUUACUGGAUAAAUUACCACAGAAAGGAGUGAAGCAUAAACUAGAAACAGAUAAUAUGAAAAAAGGUGAUCAGAAAGGUAGUCCAAAGACAAAGAUAAUGAAAAUUGAAUCUCUUUCGCCAAACACCAAAAUGAAAACUGGUCAAAAGGUUACAUCACCUCAUCUGUCUUUGACUAAAAAAUUACAAGUAUUGAAGGCCGAGGAAGCAGAAACAGCCGCAAUGAUGGAAGCACAAAACGAACAGUUAAAUGUAAAAACGUCAAAAACUGCUACUGCGACAACUACAACUGAGAAAUAUAUUCAACAAAGUUCUCAGAGCCUGGCAGACAUGGAACUUGAUAUAAAUUCAAUGCCAUUUGUCUUGAGCGAAGAUGUUUUAACUCCCGAAAGCAUCGAACAAAUGCCUGUUGUUAUAUCCUCUAUUAUACCUGCAUCUAGUACGAUACCAGCAACUUUGUCUUUUACACCCACCACGCAAAUAGUGACACCUACUCAGGCUCAUUUUAAAUUGAACGAAAGUACAAGCGAACUAUCGCCUACGAAGAAAAAAAGCGGUACUCCUGCAAUUUUGAAAAAUAAAAGUAAAGCAAAACCAACAAUUACGAGUAUAAAAACGUUGGUACCGCCACUUACCGGUGGCGUAAAAGGUUUGAAAUUUCAAAAUGCGCCAGCAACAAGCAAAGUUCCUCCUCUAUUGACACAGAAGGGAACACCAGGUAAAUAUGUCGUUGUUCAAACAUCUGGAGGACAGCAAUUACGUUAUAGUGUUCAGGGGAAAACUGGCACGCAACAAAAGAUUGCUAUACCGUCUGGUAAAAGUACUGGAAAUACACAAAUAGUUCAACAAGGGGGCAAAGUUGUUAUAUUAACGUCAGCGCAAUCUGGUCAAACCAAAAUGUUACCUUUAAAUAUUUCCAAAUCAUUAGGUGGUAAAGUUCAAAGAAUUAUGACAAGUAAAGGUCAAGUACUUUGCCCUAUUAGUCCACAGGGUAUUAUAAAUUCAAAAACAAUAAUUGCUCCAAAAGGGGAUGGUGUUUCACCGACAACAUCUAAGCUUCCUACUGGCCAUAAGAUUAUUAAUACACAAAGUAUAAUAGCAUCAAAGGGGGUACUGACUCCAAUUUCAGGACCGAUUGCCAAGACGGCUCUGUUGGGAACCUUAUCUCAAGGAAUUCUUACAAAAGGUGGAAUUUACACCCCAAUAAGCGCUUCUGCUUUGAGCGGAAAAACUAUUAUUGGGUCAAAAACUUUAGUUACAAAAGGUACAACCAUUUUAUCUCCACAGAACUUAGGUACUUCGAAAGCUAUUUUAACUCCUAUAUCUCAAGCUAUUAGUACAAAAACAAUUUUGAGUCCUCAAGGUAUCGUAAGUACUAAAGCUACUGUAUUGACGCCAAUAACCGGGCAACAAGUAAAAGCUAUUGCGGCAAAAAGUCCAUCCAAAGGCAGCAAGGUACAUUAUCAAUCUGUACAACAAAAGGUGCAAUUACCUAUGUUACAAAAAUCGCAAAAAGCUUCAAUGUCUUCGCAAGGAAGAUCUGGACAACUAAAGGCUGCAAGUAAUACAGUAGUAUUACCGAAUACUGCACCUGCACAAAAGACUGGGCAGCAAGGAAAGAGAGUAAUGAAACAAACAGUUGUACAGCAAAAUAUUUCAUCUCAAGGCAGUACGCAACAGGCAAUAGGUAUUAAUCCACAGAUUCAACACAAAGGAAAAGCUGUAUCUUCGUCGUCUAUACAGAAAGUAAUUGUGCCUCGUGGUUCACGGCAAGCAAAAACGCAACAAAAAAUAUUUGUUCAGAAAGUACAAGAACCUGCAAUCACGACUGUACAAAGUAUUCACACGAAACAAUCAACACUAACAAGUGUGCCAAGUAUGUCUAAGACAAUGACUGAGCAAAAGCAAGCAAUCGGUAGUGCUACAAACAUAAAAACUACUACAAAGGGUCACAUAAUAAAUAAAACUACCCAACAGCAGAAAAAUUUAUUAAAUAUCGCAAUGAAUUCGGCAACUACAACCAAUGUAAAUGCAAAUCUUUCUACACAUUUAUCACUUCCUCCGCUCGAACCUAUUGAGCCUGAUAGAAAAUUAAAAGUAGAAAGCGUAGUUGCUGAAACUGUGCAGAAAGAACAACUUAAAGUAGAAAAGUAUAAUAUUGAGAAAGGUAGUGAAAUAGAAAAAAUAGAAGAACCAAAAAUAGCAACACAACCGCAAAUAAUGGCUUUACCGACAGAAAGCAGCGACGGGACGCAAACUUACGUUUUAGUAACUAUCGACGAACAGGGACAGAUACAGCCACUCGAUAAUAAUACUCUUAUGUCAUUAGAAGGCACUACGCAAAAUCCAGAUGGCACAAGAACUUUGUACAUAGAUCCCAGUUCAUUGGGAGAAGCAGGCACAUUAGACAACAUUGUUCUACAAUUUGACAGUGGUGUAUUGCCAAGUAUACAAUCUAGCGUUACAGAACCCACUCAGACAAUUAUAUCAGAAAGUUUCCCUACUUCAGAAGUAAUACAAACAUCAAAUCAAGAUAUUCUAGCAGCUGCUCUGGCUAAUACAGAUUUCCAACAAGAAAUUAGUUUAUCGGAUAAUCCACCAGGAUGUGUAAUGACUACUGGUUUAACUCAAACGAGUUUGAUUAAUCAGACUAUUUUACAAUCGACUAUCAUCCCUCCCACCGAGCCAAUAUCAUCUGCCUCUGUACUUGAAACAUCAUUGACUCUAAAUCAACCUAUAAUGACUCCACUAGAGGUGCCUAGUAAUUUACCAAUACAGUCAGAAUCAACUCCAACUUCUACUGUAGCAACUAUUCCGUCUUCUCUCGAAUUACCAAUAACGAUCACAAAUCCUAACAUUUCUUACAUUUCAACCGGAGAAGCACAGAUUCAGAUCCCUGGUAACUCUAUGCCAGAUAUUGGAGAAAUCAUGGAAAGUCCGAGUACAGCGGAAAUCACUCCAACAGAAAUUCCUGCAAGUACUCAGUACCUAGUGUUACCGAAUUUGGAAAGUAACAUCGCUGCAGAUACCCAGAAUGUACAAAAUGAUGCUAUUUCAAUGCCUAGUGUGUCAUAUUCAGUUUCAAUACCGAACAAUAUGGUUUUACAAGGUUCGCAAGUUCAAACUACUCCUUCAAUGCCUAUAAUAGAUGAUACUUAUACUGAAAAUGUGCAAUUUGCUUCUACCAUAGAAUCAUCGAUGACAACAGAACAAACUUUUGUAGAUGUACCUGUUUCCGAGAUGCUUGUUUCGAAAUCGCCUGUUUCUACAGAAAGUAUACAAUCGCAAGAUAUUACUGUAACAUCAGACAUGAUAGUAUCUCACGACGUUCCUGUAUCUUCUCAAGAACCUAUUGUAUCAACGAAUGAAUCUUCUAUUUUAAGCGAAGACCAAGACACAGUAAUAUCUUUGCAGGAAGAGAUCUCUUCUCAAGAAAUACCCACUAAAUCAGAAGUGAUGGUCUUACAAGAAACAAUUGUUGAAGAAGAUAGUUCCAAUGUUGUAGUGGGUAGUCAAAGUGAAGAAGUUAGUAAUAACGAUAGUAUAGAACAUGUGCAAAUUGCGGAACAACCAGACGAGUCGACGACGAACAAUGUAUCGAUAAUAGAUGAAACUGCUUUAGUUACAUCUGAAUCCAGUGGAAAAAUGUCACCUGUAGAACAUACGAGCUUCGAGGUUUCGGAUUCGAAUGAAAUAAAUAUGGAUAGUUCGCAACCAUCAAAACAUAUAGAAAAAUUUAAAGAAUUGAAUUUGAACGAACAAUCUAAUAAUAAAGUUCCCUCUCCUGAAUCCGAAGAACAGGCUGCAACGUCGAACGAAGUAGAAAUUGCUCAAGAGACAGCGCAAAUUUUACCUUCAGAAUCGUUGAACCGUUUAGAUGGGCAGAGUAUGGAUGUAGAUGAAGUUAUCGAGUCUAAUAUUCAUGCUGCGAGUACAAUAAAAGAAGACUGCCAAAGAGACGAACCGUCGUCUCAGGGAGAAUCAGAUUCGGUUCAAAGAAAUUUAGAAUUACAUUUUGAAGAAACGAAUUCAGAGACUAAUCAUGAAACGCCGUCACAGUCGUACGAACAAUUUGGUAUAGCAGUGACUACCGAUUCUACAGAUUUGCCUAGUCAAUCUGCUACAAAAUCAGAAAAUUCGAGAGAGCCUUCGCAAUCAAUAACGUACGAAACCAUGGAAACAGACGAAGAAGCAAUUGUUACAGAGCCACCAAGUCAAUCGUUUGAACAUUCAAAAAUUAACGAAGCUUCUCAAUCGUACGAAACUUCUGCAGAAGCAAGCACAAACGCGCCUACGCAGUCUUUUAACGAACUUUUGCAAAGUCAAGAGGAGAGAUCGACCGUGGACGAAGCAAUAGACGACCAAACCUUUCCCACGCAAAGCUACGAAGUUGGUAAAGCAGAAAAUAUUUCAGAAAAUCUAGAGACAGACACUGAAAUUAGUCAAGAAGGGAACAUGCCGUCUCAGUCUAAUGACAUUGGUGCUGACGGUAUUGGUACAUCCUCAGUUUCUACAAAUAAUUCUGGGCUUAACGAAGACGAAACAGCCAGUUCGUCUUAUGUUCCAGAAACUCCAGAGAAUCAAGAAAGAGAUCCAGAUCAAGAAAGUGCAAUAAGUACAUCAUCUUGUGAGAUUCCACCUUGCGCAGAAUUAAAUAUUGCGUCAUCUAGUGGAGAGCACAUAAGUAUCCAUGACAAUGGAAUACCUGAUAUACCUACAUCUUCGUAUAAUUUAAAUCCAGACAUUUCAUCAACUCACGUGGAUUCUGUACCAACUUCUAGUUUCGAGGAACAGAAUGUAUCUACUUCUUAUGAAGUGCCAAUCUCGAUGCCUGGCCUAGAAGAUACACCCUCCCAGAAUUUUGUUACUGAAAGCACAGAUCAUAGAAAUGAACCUUCUAGUUAUUAUGCCCAUCACCAAGAAGUAACAGCAAGUUAUUAUGAAUCAGUAGGUCAGGAAACAAAUUCUAGGCUGGGUGAGGAUCCUCAAGAGGUCACUCCGAGUUAUUACGAGGGUAACCCGCAAGAAGCAAGCCAGAGUUAUUUUACUCCGGAAGAAGCUACGCCGAGUUACUCCAGUCAUAAUGUUUCUCCUAGUUAUUACGAUCACAGACCAGAAAGUGAAGCAAGUCAAAGUUACUAUUCUGCAGAAAAAACAGAGCAAUCCUCACAGAAUAUUGAGGCUUCGCAAAGUUUUUAUCAGGAACAAUCGGAUGAAUUAAAAUUAAGGCAACAAGGAGAAGCUACUCCAACAUAUACAGAAAGAUACCCGGUUGAUUAUACAUUGGAGAAUUCACCAAUAGAAAGGCAUGAUCUUGUAGAAAGUUCUGUACCAGCCACCAGGCCUACAGAAAGGUAAUACAUUAUGAUAGGAAAUAGCAUUGUGCUAUAAGGAGAGUCCUUGUUUUCAUAGACAUUACAGCCAUUGAUUGAUAAACUCGAAUCUAUUUUCAAGUGUAAAUAUAAUAUUAAGAUGAUAAGUGACUAGAUAUAAGAUUAAAAUUAGAUUCUUAUUAUAAUUUAUAUCUCUAUGAAUAAAUAAAUAAAUAUAUAUAUACAUAUAUAUAUAUAUAUAUAUAUAAGUGUGUGUAUAUACAUAUAUAUACACACACCCACACAAAUACACGCAUGUAACGCAAUGCGUGUAUAUGUAUAUAUAUCGACAACGGAUAUAAUCCGUAAAUAGAAAUCGGUACGUAAGCAAUGUAAUUACAAAGAAGAAAUAUGGUUUUAUUACAAAGACACUAUGAUCUAAUUAUUUAAUGUAUUGAAAUAGUAUCACCAUUUCAAUAUAAUACAUUCGAAGUUUUUUUUUUCGAUCUCUAAGCUGAACACGUUAACAUUUCGGCAUGUAACAAAUUCAUUACUACUAUGCAUUUUUAAUUACUUUGCACAUGCAAUGUGUAUAUUGUAAAAUUUCGUUAUGGAUCAUUGGAGUAGUGGUAAGAUCUAUCGAUUACUUGUUUUAUUUUGUAAUUAUCGCAUCGAAAAUACGUUCGUGAUUUUAAUAAUUCAUUUUGCAGCCGUGCCAAACGAGUAAAUAUAAAACGACUGUAAAAUAUUUAUACUUUGUCGUAGUUCUUAUUAAAAAUGAUCAGAGUUAUAAGACUUUACUACUACUCCGUAGUGUCGAGUCGUAACGAGCGAUUUUUCGUCUGACACCCGAAGAACAUCAGCUCGAGUGAUUGUAUAAAAAUAAAUGCACAAUGUAUCUUCAAUAAAGUACCAGUAAUACACGCCUCAAAAUAUUUGUAAAAUACAAGUAAAGACUUUUUGGGCUAUCAUUUGAAGACUUAAUUUUUCAGAUAAGUUUUUUCACAAUCCUUUUCUUUCGCUCAAUAAGCUAUCUGCUGAUAGAAAUUUUUUAAUGUUGCAAUUAAUCACAGAUGCAAGUGAUUGAGCGGAUCAAGGAUCGUGUUAUUAGACAUACAGCGUUUACUUCGUAGGUAGUAGUUUACAUUAUGAGAAAUAAAGAAGCCUAUUAUUUCAAAUAUAAUGAUGUGUAAUCUGUGUGUUGAAGUGUAAAGGAUAAAAACGAUUUAUUAGGGAAUCUAUCGUGUUUGAGAUAAGUUUAUGCUCUUACAGAGAGUGAUUUUUAAAUAAAAUAUUUUAAGAAUUGUAAACAAUAUAACUUAAUUUCUGUUAAAUUAAAUUAAUCUAAAUAUUGCAUACUACGCGAGUGAAUAAAUUUGUACAAGAAUGAAUGAAAUUACAUUUUAAUGAUUCUUAAAUAUAUCUUAUAAAUCUCAAACAAGACGGAUUUGCCAACAUAUCCUAAUAGAAAUGAUUAUAUUAUAUUCUUUAUAAACUCAUGUUAUCAAAAAUAAAUCUGUUUUUAUUUCUCGUGGCGUUUUCAAUCACGUUCACGUGUGUAUAUAUUAUGUAUUAUGUUAUUGUGGGAUAGGGGAGGGGAGGGGGGGAGAGGGGAGAGAAAAAGUUAUUAAUGUCGCACUAAAAGGAAAAUACAAAGUUGGUAAAAUGUUUUGUUUCAACCAGAUCAAUAUUCUAAGAUGGACUGAAUUAUUAAUAUUUUUUAAUUGCUCUUUCAAUUCAAUUGAUACAUAUAUUUAUGCAUGUAUAUAUGUUCAUAUAUGUACCUACAUUAAUAUACAUGCAUAUAUAUCUUUCACUAGAAAGAGUUACACUACAAAAUUGUCUGUACCUAUAAAUAGUAUAUAAUACUGUGAGAUGGGGAAAAUAUAGUUACAUUUUCUAUAAAACCUUUCUGAUACAAUCGUAAGUUGGGAUAUGUGUGAUGCUUCAUUGAAGUAAUUCAAAUCUAAGUGACAUAAAGUGAUACUGCAUAAAUUAGCAUUGCUGCGUUCUUAUAUCAAUAACAAUUUGAUAUUUUCAUCACUAACACAAUUAUCUUUUUAUUUCUACAGUG